AUGGGAAGUCGCCUACGUAAUGUAACAAAAACGACUAAGGGUCUUGGGGGCCGAGGUAAACUAACUGGUAAACUUAUUGACAAACUCACAAUUUAUUACGGGUUUGCUAUUCAAAGAAAUACUGAAUCUGUCGAAAAAAUGCGGAAUGAUGUCUGGGCGACUUUAUAUCAUAAAAUAUCUUCUGAUGAAAUACCGCAACAUGAUAAGUGUCCGACUAGAGUCGACUCUUGGUGCUCUUGGCAACGCGAUAAAGCUUCAGGUUUGCUAUCAAGUUUUACGCAUAAGCCACCUAUGCAUGAAGAUGUUUUCAAAGCGAUAAAGCCGAUCUACGAAGAACUUAGCUCGGACGAUCUUCUUUCACGCCGCUUGGGUGGAUACACGCAAAAUACCAACGAAUCGUUCAAUUCGGUCGUGUGGUCCAUCGCACCGAAGGCUGUGUCAAGCGGAAAAACUGUGCUCGAUAUAGCGAUUGAUAUCGCCAUUAUCACUUUUAAUGAUGGCUUAUCAAGCUUAUUUCUUGUCUACGAUGCACUUGGAUUGACGGUUGGACGAAAUUUAUAUGAUUUUUGUUUGGAAUCAGACGAAAACCGCAUCAAAGCCGCCAAACACUCACUUUCCGAUAUCGCAAAAGAGGCUCGACGCAGCAUUACAUCGACCAGAAAAGAACUGGAGGAGCAAAAUACGGCCGUGGAAGGGCAAUUGUAUGGUGCUGGGAUAGCAGAGUGAAGGUAAAAAAAU